AGCCUCAUGUGGGAAGGACGCGGGCCAGAGCAGCCGCGUCUCACCUCAGCACCCGUGAGGGCCACCGCCUGCCCCUCGCAGACCUGGCCUCCAGGCUGCCCCCAGGCCAAUGAACCCCAUGAACCCCAUGAAACCUGCCCUGCCCUCCGUGCCACACGGUGAUGGUCCCUUCGCUUUCGAGGCGGUGCCUUGGCAGCAGAGUGCCACUCAGCCCGCAGGAUCGCUGUCCGUGGUCACGACCGUGUGGGGAGUCGGCAGCGCGGCACCGAGCCAGGUUUUGGGGAGCCCCAUGGGCCCUGCAGGGAGCCCCCCUGGAGGCUCUAUGAUGCCGGGCAUGGCAGGCGGCAGCUCGGCCCUGAGCCCCCCGCAGUGCCUGGGACAGCAGGCCUUCGGGGAGGGCGGCGCCAGCAAGGGCUACGUGCAGCAGGGCGUGUAUGGCCGCGGGGGCUACGCCGGGGGCCCUGGCUUCGCCACCGGGUACUCUGGAGGUCCUGGGGGGCCAGGGGGCCUGGGCCUCCCGUCACAUGCCGCACGACCCUCCACGGACUUCACGCAAGCAGCAGCCGCUGCUGCCGUGGCCGCUGCUGCUGCCACUGCCACGGCCACAGCCACAGCCACUGUGGCCGCCCUCCAGGAGAAGCAGAGCCAGGAGCUGGGCCAGUAUGGCACGAUGGGGUCCGGCCCGUCUUUCAGCAGCCAGUUCCUGCAGCACGGGGGCGCCCGUGGGUCCAGCAGCGUGGGAGGCCUGCUGGGCCCCUCGGGCAUGAGCCCUGUGGGCAUGAACCACGCCCGGGCGGCCAGCAUGGCACCCCUGCACGCGGGGCAGCGCCUGCCCCAGCAUGGGUUCCCAGGGCCCGUGCAGGCCCCGCCGCUGCCCCGACAGGGGCUCAAGAGGGGCUACUCCAGCGAGGUGUAUCCGGGGCAGCAGUACCUGCCAGGAGGCCAGUACGCACCUGGCCCCGGCCAGCCCCCCGCCCCCUCCUCCUACCCCAGUCACAGGCUGCCCCUGUCCACCUCUGGCCCCCCGGGACUGCACUACAAGCCCACCCGUUCCAUCCCUGGCUACCCCAGCUCCCCACUGCCAGGGAGCCCCACGCCACCCAUGACCCCCGGCAGCAGCAUCCCCUACAUGUCCACCAGCCAGGAGGUCAAGUCUCCCUUCCUGCCUGACCUCAAGCCCAGCGUGAGCGCCUUGCACCCGUCACCCCCCGGCAGUGGCCCAUGCGACGAGCUGCGGCUGACCUUCCCGGUCCGGGAUGGGGUGGUCCUGGAGCCCUUCCGCCUGCAGCACAACCUGGCGGUCAGCAACCACGCCUUCCAGCUGCGAGACUCCGUCUACAAGACCCUGAUGCUGAGGCCUGACCUGGAGCUGCAGUUCAAGUGCUACCACCACGAGGACCGGCAGAUGAACACCAACUGGCCGGCCUCGGUGCAGGUCAGCGUCAACGCCACUCCCCUCACCAUCGAGCGCGGCGACAACAAGACCUCCCACAAGCCCCUGCACCUGAAGCACGUGUGCCAGCCAGGCCGCAACACCGUCCAGAUCACCGUCACCGCCUGCUGCUGCUCCCACCUCUUCGUGCUGCAGCUGGUGCACCGGCCGGCCGUCCGCUCGGUGCUGCAGGGCCUUCUGAAGAAGCGUCUGCUGCCAGCGGAGCACUGCAUCACCAAGAUAAAGCGGAACUUCAGCAGCGGCACCAUCCCCGGCACCCCCGGGCCCAACGGAGAGGACGGGGUGGAGCAGACAGCCAUCAAGGUGGCCCUCAAAUGCCCCAUCACCUUCCGCAGGAUCCAGCUCCCCGCCCGCGGCCACGACUGUCGCCACAUACAGUGCUUCGACCUGGAGUCCUACCUGCAGCUCAACUGUGAGCGGGGGACCUGGAGGUGCCCCGUGUGCAACAAGACAGCGCUGCUGGAGGGCCUGGAGGUGGACCAGACGGGUGGUGACCGGCCCAUGUCCCUGCACAGCCCCGACUACGAGGAGAUCACCAUCGACCCCGUGUGCAGCUGGAAGCCGGUGCCCGUGAAGCCCGACGUGCAUGCCAAGGAGGAGCCAGAUGGGCCGGUGCCAAAGCGCUGCCGCUCCGUGAGCCCCGUGCACGUGCUCAUGCCCAGCGUGAUGGAGAUGGUGGCCGCCCUGGGCCCGGGGGCCACCCCCUUUGUGCCCCUGCAGUCCCCCUCAGCCCCGGUCCCGGGUGACUACCCCAGCCAGGGGCCCAGCUUCCUGGGAGCCAGGACCUACCCCGACUCCUUCCCGCCCUCCACGCCCAGCACCCCGACCCUUCCUGAGUUCACACCGGGGCCACCCCCCAUCUCCUACCAGUCCGACGUCCCCAGCAGCCUCCUGACACCAGAGAAGUCUGCCCCCUGCCUCCCAGGCCAGAUGGCACCAGCCGGUCACCUGGACCCAGCCCACAACCCUGGGCCACCGGGGCUGCACACCCCCAACCUUGGAGGCCCCCCAGGGCCCCAGCUGCACCACCCGACCCCUGCCACAGCAUCCCGGCAGCCCCUGGGCCCAGUGAGCUCGGGCCCUGUCAGCGAGCUGGCCUUCAGCGCUGCCGCAGGCGUGAUGGGGCCCCCGAUGUCUGGGGCAGGGGAGGCCCCAGAACCAGCCCUGGACCUGCUGCCGGAACUGACCAACCCCGAUGAGCUGCUGUCCUACCUGGGCCCACCUGACCUGCCCGCGAACAGCAGCGAGGACCUGCUCUCUCUCUUCGAGAACAACUGACCCUGUCGGCCCCGCACCCCACGCCAGCCUCCCCACCCCCACUCCCGCCCUUCCCCCUGGCACACCUGCAGCCGCCUGUCCCUGAAGCUGGAAGCAGCCCCGCGCUGGCUGGGAGGGGACUGGCCGCCGCCCUGCCCUGGGCCAGCUGGCUGCUGCAGGUCUUCGGAGAUGCGAUGCGUCAACUAUGCCGGCCACGCCCCUGCCCGGAUGUGCCUCCCACUCCCGCCCUUGACCUCACAGGCUCCCUACGGGCCCCUUGUUCUUGUCCUGCCUAUCCAAGCCCGGUCUACCCGGCGCGCCCCAGCGUGUCCACAAGCUCCUGGGGCCUCCGCAGUUCCCUCUCCCACCCCCGGGCUGCGGGCGGGGCCUGAGGUGCAGCGGUGCCGUGGGCGGUGGUCUGUGGGCGCCCCCUCCCGGGUCGCGUGCACCUCCACUGAGCGCCCCCCACCCGGGUCCCCUUCCUGUGAACGUGCAGUCAGCCCCACCAUAUUUUUAAAGCCGCCUUCCGUGUCCCGCUCCUCCCUGUGCCCCCCCUCCCCCGACACGGUCGGGGGCCGCCCCACCUGCCCAUCUCCAUUAAAGGACUCCCCGGUGGCCCGACCCACGGGUCCUGCUUGCUCGCCGCCCCGCCCUCGCUGGAAUUUGCCUGUCCCUGGAAUUUUCCAAGUUGGCUUAGGCCAGAGAGCUGUUCUGUGAAGUGUUGCCUGCACCAAGGGACACCUCUGUCGCUAUGUCCCCUUGCCUGGCCCUAGGCAGCAGCCUGCAGGAAGGCCAGUGCAGGCCGCUGGGCCGGUGCCAGCUGCUCCCACCUUCCUGUCACCAGGGUGGGAGGUGCCCUGUCCAGUGAGCUCUGUGUUGCCUGUUGACACUGCAGCCCCAGACAUGGACCUGCUGCCCCUGUGCUGCCCGUGUUUGCAGUUUCUCUGGUCGAGGGACUCGGACUGAUCAUGCGCAGUGCGGCGGGGGCCCAGGCGCCGGGGCUGCCUGGGGUUGGCCCAGAAGCAGAGCCCACAUGUGAGCAGGGCAGCCAUGCGGGGCCCUCGCGGCAUCCUGCACCCCCAGCCCGUGUCAUUGGAGGACCCCUGGUGGGAAUGGAGGGAUCAGAUGAGCACAAGAUGGGGAGCUGCUCACAGCCCUCGGCGGGAGGACAGGUAGAGGACGAGGUGAUGACUGCCGUGGCCUCAGGCAGUGGAGGGGUCACUGCGCACUCAGACCACGUGUGUGUAAGACCAGUACAGGGACGCCGUCCUGGGGCCCACAUGAGGGGGACAGCUUGGGCUUACCUGUGUUUGUGUGUCACAAUCUGCAGCCACCAUGCUUCCCCAUGGGGUCGAGGUGGGUGACUUGGGAAGAGAAGGUGUUGGUGACUUUCCAAUCCCUAGGGGAGUGGUGGCUUCAUGGGUUUUCACCUUAGUGCGGGUCAUAUGUGUUCUCGUGUGUGUACCAAAUAUUAUGCAAGUAAAAAAAAAAAUCUCAUGCUCCACCCAACAGCAGCAGGCACAUUCUUAAGUGCACGUGGGUCGGUCUCCAGGAGAAUGUGUUGGGCUACAAAACAAGUCCCAGUCAGUUAAAAAGUGAAAUUAUGCGAAGCACCUUCCGUGACCACAGUGGAAUAAAGCCAGAUAGCAGUAAUAGAAGGGAAAGGAAAAUGCAUAAAUAUGUGGACGUUAACACUCAGACAGCCGAAGGGCCUACGAAGAAAUCACAAGCGACAUCGCAAGAUACUUUUGAGACAUGUAACAGCAUACAAAAUGCACGAGAUGCAUGAGAGUGCCGGAGGGAGAUUUAUAGCCAUAAUGUCUACAUUUGACAAAGAGGUCGCUAACUCCUAAAGAACUAGAGCGAGAAGCCAAGGGCAGAGCUGGCAGAAGCGGGGAAAUGACAGUGGGAGCAGAGGUGAAGUAGGGACCGGAAAAGCAAGUCACUGAGCACGAGCUGUUGGAGAAGCAGCAACGAACAAACAGACGAGGAAAAAAGACAAAUGAGUAAAACAGGAAAAGGGAAAUCGCUACCCACUGACAAGUAGGGGUGAGAGAACACUGUGCUGAUGACUCGAUAAUCUCGGUGCAAUCCCUAGAGACGAAUUACCCGAACUGACCCAAGAAAUGGACACUGCACACUCUAAUGAGAAAGGGGACCAAUCUGUGCCAAAGUCCCCACCACAAAAAAAACGAGAACCAGAUGGCUUGGGCAAAUUCUGCCAAACUUCAGGAAUUGCACCAGUGUUCCUGGCACUUCCAGGCGGGGUCGGGGACAGGGGGGCGCACAUCCUGACUGCUGCUUCUGGCAGCUCCUGGCCCCCACGCCCCACUCCAAGCCUGCUCUCUGCAGGGGGAGCUUCCCUCGGCCUCUAAACUCCCCCUCCUCAUCCCUUCCCCAUCCACACUUGAGAGCGGCCACAGGGAUGGGUCAGGAUGGGCCUGUGACCCAGACAGGUCAAUGAGCCAAGGUCAGGGCAAUCAGAGAAGUCUCAAGACAGGAUCAAGAACGUGCUUGACCAGCCUCGGGCCGUGGAUGCCUUUUUUCUUUUCUCAAUUUGCCUUUUGUGUUGAAGCCACUGGCCACUUGCCUGAUCCAUUUUUAAGCCUACACACAGCACGGCGAGUCCCAGGAGGUCAUACUCCUGGGAAUGGUUGUCCCACUGAGGACACCUUUCCAUCACUCUUCUCCUGUCCCCGCAGCCACCACUAUCCUGGCCUCCAUCACCAGAGGCUAAUUUCCCCUGAUCUUGAACCUGACAUAGUGAACCACAAGUCUGCACCCUUCGGCUAACUGGUCCUACUUAAAGCCUCUGCUUUCGUUUUCA